AUGAGAUAUACGUCCAUCAUCCUCGCUUGCUUCAGCUUCUUUAUUAGAAGUAAUGCCGUCGGAGUUGUAGGAAAGGCGCCUGGGUUUGCGGCCGGCACUACUGGAGGAGGGUCGGCCACCCCUCAGUAUCCAGCAGACAUUGCAGAGCUCAAGAAAUGGCUUACUGAUUCUACACCCCGUGUCAUUGUUCUUAAUAAGGAGUAUAAUUUUAUUGGGAGCGAGGGCCGUGUUACAGAAACAGGAUGCCGUCCGACUUCCAACACUUGUGGAAGUGCAGGGCAGGACGCGAUCAAUCAUGUCGAAUGGUGCACUAACGGCAAUGCUGGACCCAAUGUCACCCCCAUUUCCGUGACAUACGAUAAAGCAGGAGUCUCUGCAAUUGACAUCGGUUCAAACAAGUCUCUCAUCGGGAUUGGUACCGCAGGUGUUAUCCGGGGAAAGGGACUUCGGGUUGCUAAUGGCUCCAAGAAUGUCAUUAUCCAGAACAUUCAUAUCACUGAACUUAAUCCUCAAUACAUCUGGGGUGGAGAUGCUCUCACUCUCGCGGGUGCUGACUUGGUAUGGGUCGAUCAUUGUAAAGUCUCGCUCAUUGGCCGUCAAAUGUUCGUAGCUGGUGAACUAGCCUCGGGAAGAGUCACGAUCUCAAACAAUGAAUUUGACGGUAACACCUCAUGGAGCGCAACUUGCGACAACCAUCACUACUGGGUCAUCUAUCUUAUUGGAUCCUCCGACUUCGUCACUAUGAUAGGAAACUACAUCCACCACACCAGCGGCCGCGCCCCCAAAAUUGGCGGCAACACCCUCCUCCACGCGGUCAACAACUACUGGGACGCAGUAUCCGGGCACGCAUACGACGUUAUGGCCGGAGGGCAGGUCACUGCCGAAGGCAAUGUCUUUCAGAAUGUCAAAACGCCCCUCCUCUCGAAUAAAGGCAAGGUGUUCUCGAGUCCUUCACCCAGUGCCAACACUGCCUGCAUGCCAUAUCUGGGGCGUGCUUGCCAGCUCAAUUCGAUUGACAGCAGUGGGACGAUUGCUGGCUCUGAUACGUCCUUUUUUGGGAACUUCAAUGGCCAUACUAUUGCUUCGGCGAAGAAGGCGUCGAAAAAGAUCGCGAACGCUGCUGGGAUUGGGAAAAUCUGA